GCCACAGAACAGAAGGAGGUCCUGCAUCAAGCUCGUUCUUUCCUGUUAAACUCCAGCUCUGCCUCCUGUCUCUGUCACAUAAAGAGGCAGAUUUUUAUCAGUAAACAGAAAUAAAGCGGCUCGGCUGUGCGUUUCCCCCCUCACCCUGCACCUUUAAGGCAAUGGACAUGGACAAAAGCGUCUGCGGAGGAGGAGGAGAGGGUUUAUUCCACAGAGCUCGGAGGCAGGGCAGGUUCUGAGCGCACGGACCACAGUGCACAGUGUGUGUGUGUGCGGCUGCUUGGGGAGAAGAUGCGCGUGCUUGUUGCUGGCCGGACGGAGAACGGUGGAGGAGACAGAAUGAGUUUCCAGUGCAGCUAACGAUCAACUCCACGUGCUUUUCAGUUCUGCAAAAACCCAACUUUCCAGUGUUUCCCCUCGCUAUCUGAGAUGACCCGACGGGCUCCAGACGUCUAAUUCUUCACCACUUCCUUUAUUUGGAGCCUUUUGGGUGUUGUGCCUUAUUGUUGGGAGUCGGUGCACCGUGGAGUUGGCUGUGCGCAAAACGCGGCUUGUCCUCUGCGUCUCUGACUCAGCAGCUCAGCUCACCUGGACCGGAGCGCACCGAGCCCAGUUCCCUGAUGAUCCACACAGAUUGGCGCUCCGGUGCGGAGGGACGGCUGCUCUGACGCCCUGACAGCCGGAACGGAUGCGGAUCAUCUCCCGUUGAACCGGGAGACAAUCAGAAGCAGGAAGACGCGCCGACCUCCUCCUCUUCAUCUUCUCCUGUGGACUGAGAGAGGGAGACAGACAGAGACAGAGAGAGAGAGAGAGAGGCCGAGAGGGGGAGAGAAAGGGGAGAAACUCGCAGCCUCCGCGUUCUUUCAUCGCAGCUGACUUGUUGAAGAAAUAAAAAGGAGGAAUAAGAAGGGAGCGCGCAGGGAGAGCAGAAGAAAACGCAUAGGAUUGGGUAUUGAACGGAGCGGGGCAUGUGGAUAUUGGCUCUUAUCUUUUCCCAGUGCAUCCUGAAUGUUUUCUGUGAAGAUCUACGUUCCAGCUUAUAUUUUGUCAAUGCAUCUGUGCAAGAGGUAGUGUUUGCCAGCACCACAGGGACAUCAGUGCCCUGUCCUGCUGCGGGCGUGCCCCCUGUCUCACUGCGCUGGUACCUGGCCACCGGCGAGGAGAUCUAUGAUGUGCCAGGGAUCCGCCAUGUGCACCCCAAUGGCACCCUUCAGAUCUUCCACAUCGCCCCUUCCAGCUUCAGCAAACUCAUCCACGACAACACUUAUUAUUGCACAGCAGAGAACCCCUCAGGGAGAAUCAGGAGCCAAGAUGUCCACAUCAAGGCUGUCCUACGAGAGCCGUACACUGUUCGGGUGGAGGACCAGAAAGCCAUGAGAGGCAAUGUGGCGGUCUUCAAGUGCAUUAUUCCUGCCUCAGUGGAGGGCUACAUCACUGUUGUAUCCUGGGACAAAGACACAAUGUCAAUCAACGCUGAAAUGUCACGGUUUCUAAUCACCUCCACGGGGGCCCUGUACAUCCUGGACGUGCAGAUGGAGGAUGGGCUGUACAACUACAGGUGUAUGACGCGCCAUCGCUACACAGGAGAGACCCGACAGAGCAAUAGUGCCCGUCUCAUUGUCUCAGAUCCAGCUAACUCAGCGCCCCACAUCCUGGACAGCUUUGAACGUCGUGAGGUGAUGGCAUCUCAUCGAGUAGAGCUGCCCUGCAAGGCAUCCGGCCACCCUGCUCCCAAGUACCGCUGGCUAAAGGACAACCGUCCACUGGAGCCAGACACGCGCUUCAGACAGAGUGUGACAGGCCUGCUGAUAGAGAGAGCCCAGCCCAGCGACACAGGGACGUAUGUGUGUGAGGUGUGGAAUGGCUACGGCAAUGCUGAGGUGGUCGGAAGGCUGAUGGUGAAAGAAGCCCUGAAGUUGAUGGUGAGCCCACGGAAGGUGAAGGGCAGCGUGGGAAGCCAGGUUUCAUUGACCUGCAGUGUUACCGGCUCUGAGGAGUAUCAGCUGUCCUGGUACCGCAACGGCGAGCUCAUUUAUCCCAGCAACAGUGUCCGGAUGACGGGCCAAAACAGAGAAAACCUGGUUAUGGCUGGUAUGGCCAAGAGCGAUGGAGGAGCCUAUCAGUGCUUUGCCAGAAAUGGCAAGAUGUCUGCCCAGGACUUUGUUCAAGUCCUACUAGAAGAUGGCACCCCCAAGAUUCUGGCUUCGUUCAGUGAGAAGGUCUACAAUGUCAACGAGUUUGUGUCGCUGUCAUGUAUGGUGAAAGGCACACCAGAACCCCGGGUGACAUGGGCUCUGGAUGAUGAGCCAGUGAUACGGGACAGCCGGCACCGGAUUUCCUACUACACCAAUGCCGAAGGUCACAUGGUCAGCCACCUCAACAUCACACAGACCCAGGUCCCUGAUGGAGGGGUGUACCGGUGCAUCUGCAAUAAUUCGGCCGGCACUGUUUCCUACCAGGCGCGAAUAAACGUAAGAGGGCCUGCCAGCAUCAGACCAAUGAAAAACCUCACUGCCAUCGCUGGGUGGGACAUGUACAUCCACUGCCGAGUCAUUGGUUACCCCUACUAUUCCAUCAAGUGGUACAAGGACUCCAAUUUGCUGCCAUACAACCACCGGCAGCGGGCCUUCGAGAACAACGGAACCCUAAAGCUAUUUGAUGUGCAGAAGGAUGUGGAUGAAGGAGAGUACACCUGUAACGUUCUGGUGCAACCUCAGUUGUCCACUCACCAGAGCGUUUAUGUUACUGUGAAAGUUCCACCCACUAUCCAGCCGUUUGAGUUUCCUCCGUAUUCCAUCGGCCAGAGAGUCUUCAUCCCCUGUGUGGUCAUGUCUGGUGACCAGCCCGUCUUCAUCACGUGGCAAAAGGAUGGUCGGCCAAUCCCUGCCAGCCUCGGUGUCACCUUAGACAACAUAGAUUUCACCAGCUCCCUGCGGAUCUCCAACCUUACACUGGCACACAACGGAAACUACACCUGCAUCGCUCGCAACCAGGCUGCUGCGGUGGAGCACCAGAGCCAGCUCAUCGUCCGAGUUCCUCCCAAGUUUGUGGUUCAACCCAAAGACCAGGAUGCUAUCUAUGGAAAAGCCGUGAUCCUAAACUGCUCAGCUGAAGGUUAUCCAGUUCCCACUAUUCAGUGGAAGUACUCUAAAGGUGCCGGUGUUCCCCAGUUCAAACCCAUCGCCCUGAACUCUGGCUUCCGGAUCGAGGUUCUGGUUAACGGCUCGCUGCUCAUCAAGCAUGUGCUGGAGGAGGACAGCGGCUUCUACCUUUGUAGAGUCAGCAACGACGUUGGGGCUGAUGUCAGCAAGUCCAUGUACCUGAAUGUUAAAAUUCCUGCCAUGAUCACUUCAUACCCCAACACCACGCUGGCCACGCAGGGCGAAGAGAAGAAGAUGAGCUGCACGGCUCACGGGGAGAAGCCCAUCAUGGUUCGCUGGGAGAAAGAAGAGAGGAUCAUAAACCCAGAGACCAGUCGCUACGUCGUUUCCAUCAAGGAGGUGGGCGACGAAGUCAUCUCCACCCUGCAGAUCAUGCCGACACUGAGGGAGGACUCUGGCUUCUUCUCCUGCCACGCAAUCAACUCCUUUGGUGAAGACAGAGGAAUCAUACAGCUCACAGUCCAAGAACCACCAGAUCCUCCAGAGGUGGAGAUCAGAGAGGUGAAGGACCGAACCAUCGCCCUGCGAUGGACCAUGGGUUUUGACGGCAACAGCCCCACCACAGGCUUUGAUAUAGAGAGCAAAAACAAAUCAGCCUCCUGGGACACAGCUCAGAAGACCAAAGAUGUUUCCCCUCAGCUCAACCAGGCCACCAUCAUCGACCUUCACCCCUCCUCCACAUACAACAUCCGAAUGUUUGCCAAGAACCACAUCGGCAAGAGUGAGGCGAGCAACGAGCUCACCAUCACCACCGACGAAGCAGCUCCUGAUGGACCACCUCAGGAAGUGCUGCUGGAAGCCCUCUCCUCCCAGAGCAUCCGGGUCACAUGGAGGCCUCCAAAGAAGCACCUUCAGAACGGGGCCAUCAGAGGGUACCAGGUGGGCUACAGGGAGUACAGCUCUGGUGGGAACUACCAGUUCAGCGUGAUCAGCGUGGAGACGACGGGGGACAAUGCAGAAAGCCUGGUCCUGGACAACCUGAAGAAGUUCACCCAGUAUGGAGUGGUGGUGCAGGCCAGCAACAGUGCAGGGACGGGGCCGUCCUCCACAGAAGUGGCUGAUACCACGCUGGAGGAUGUGCCAAGUCGUCCUCCAGAGAACGUCCAGGCUGUUGCUGCAACUCCAGAAAUCAUCUCGCUGUCCUGGCUGACGCCUUCUAAAGACGCUCUGAAUGGAAACCUGCUGGGCUUCAGGGUCAUCUACUGGGCCAACCUGCCUGAUGGAGAACUUGGUGAGAUUAGGAAUGUGACGACCUCUAAACCCUCUCUGGAGCUGGAUGGGCUGGAAAAAUACACCAACUACAGCAUUCAGGUGCUGGCCUUCACCAGAGCUGGAGAUGGCGUUCGCAGUGAACAAAUCUACACCCGCACUAAGGAGGACGUUCCCGGUCCUCCGGCUGGCGUGAAAGCAGCUGCUGCUUCCAACUCGGUGGUGUUUGUGUCCUGGCUUCCUCCUCUCAAAGUCAAUGGCAUCAUCAGGAAAUACACAGUUUUCUGCUCCAACCCACACCCUACGGUGAGUAGUGAAUUUGAGGCGGCACCAGAUGUCUUCUUCUACCGUAUCCCCAACCUGAACAGGAACCGUCAGUACAGCAUCUGGGUGGUGGCCGUAACGGCUGCGGGCCGAGGAAACGCCAGCGAGAUCAUCACAGUCAAACCCAUGGCUGAAGCGCCAGCUCGAAUCCUGACUUUUAACAGGACAGUAACAACUCCCUGGAUGAGGGACAUUGUGCUCCCCUGCAAGGCUGUUGGUGAUCCAUCCCCAACCAUCAAGUGGCUAAAGGAGAUCAAUGGAACUCCUGCACCAGUUGUGAUUGACAGUCGACGCAGUAUCCAUGGAAACGGCAGCCUUGUUAUUCGCACAGUAAAAGCCGAGGAUUCUGGGAACUACACUUGUGUGGCCAGUAACAGCUUUGGUUCAGACAAGAUUGUCCUUAACCUACAAGUCCAAGUUCCACCUGACCAACCUCGCCUCACCGUGACAAAGACAACCAUAACCUCAAUCACGCUCUCCUGGAUCCCUGGAGACAAUGGAGGCAGCUCCAUACGAGGCUACAUUCUGCAGUACUCUGAGGAUAACAGUGAGCAGUGGGGUAAUUUUGCCAUCAGUCCCAGUGAGCGCUCCUACCGACUUGAGAACCUCAAGUGUGGUACGUGGUACAAGUUCACCCUCACCGCCCAGAAUGGAGUGGGUCCUGGACGCAUCAGUGAGAUCAUUGAGGCAAAGACUCAUGGCAAAGAGCCUCAGUACUCCAAAGAACAAGAGCUCUUCACAACCAUCAAUGCCACUCGGGUCAAGCUCAAUCUGAAUGGCUGGAAUAACGGUGGCUGUCCCAUCACUUCUUUCACCCUGGAGUACCGAUCUGUCGACUCGCCCACUUGGACCACUGCUCAGCGCACCUCCCUCACUAAGAGCUACAUCCUGUACGACCUGCAGGAGGCCACCUGGUACGAGCUGCAGAUGAAGGUGUACAACAGUGCUGGCUAUGCUGAGAAGAGGCUCAAGUUUGCAACACUUAGCUAUGAUGGCAGUACCAUCGCUCCUUUGGUGAAAGCACCCAAUGUGAGUGAGAACAAUUCUCGAGGUGGCGAAGGUUUGAAGAUGAUGGUAACCAUUUCCUGUGUGCUGGUGGGUAUCGUUGUCAUCUUCAUUGGACUGCUGGUGCUGAGGCGGAGGAGGAGAGAACAAAGGCUCAAGAGGCUGAGAGAUGCAAAAAGCUUGGCUGAGAUGCUGAUGAGUAAGAACACACGACCAGCAGAACCCAUCAACAAACAGCAACAGACGCUGCGCAUGCACAUCGACAUCCCCAGAGCCCAGCUGCUUAUUGAGGAGAGAGACACAGUGGAGACUGUUGAUGACAGGUCCACUGUGUUACUGACUGACAACGACUUUGGAGAAACACAGAAACAGAAGUCCUCUACAGUCACCCACACUGUCCACUACCAGUCCCUGUCCCAAGCCACUGGGCCCCUCGUAGAUGUGUCAGAUGCCAGACCAGGAACCAGUAAGUCCAAUCCCACAGCCCGCCGCACAGCCAAAGCUGGACCAGCCGCUCGUAACCGCUACGCCAGCCAGUGGACUCUGAACCGCCCCCACCCCCCGGUCUCCUCCCACACUCUCAGCACUGACUGGAGGCUGCCCACGCCAAGGGUUGCAGGUUCUGUUGAUAAGGAGAGUGACAGCUACAGCGUCAGCCCCUCUCAGGACACAGACCGAGCACGGAGCAGCAUGGUCUCAACAGAGAGUGCCUCCUCCACCUACGAGGAGCUCGCCAGGGCCUAUGAGCAUGCCAAGAUGGAGGAGCAGCUCCGCCAUGCCAAGUUCACCAUCACAGAGUGCUUCAUCUCUGACACUUCCUCUGAGCAGAUGACAGCCGGCACCAAUGACUACACCGACAGCCUGACCUCCAGCACGCCGUCUGAAUCAGGCAUCUGCCGCUUCACUGCUUCUCCACCCAAGCCUCAGGACGUCAGCAGGGUCAUGAACAUGGCCGUGCCCAAAGCCCACAGACCGGGAGGAGAGCUGGUUCACCUUCCUCCGUAUCUGCGCAUGGACUUCCUUUUAAACCGAGGCAUGUCCUGCUCAGGCUCAUCCAGGGGGACAGCCAGUGGGGAGAGAGCAGCCAUGGGUCAGGCCUGUCUCGAGCCCCAGAAAAGUCGCUCACUUAAGCGGCCCUCUCGCAUGGCGCCUCCAACCCCCACAGAGGCCCCUCAGGCCAGCAGGGACCCAGUGGCACAGUGGCAGCCUGGUUCUGCAGCCACACUCCCCCACAGAGAGGGCUCUGAGUUGGCCCAAGCUGCUAAGCUCAGCACCUCCCAGGAGUCCCUGCUUGACUCAAGAGGACAUCUGAAACCGAGCAGCAACCCUUACGCAAAGUCCUACACGCUGGUAUAACAGCAGGGCACCAAGGGCAGGACUCUAAGACUGGACUUCACACUCAAGUGCAGUAAACUGACUUUCACCACGCAGUCGUGUAUAUACAGGCCCUCAGGGCCACUUUUACUAAUCUCCUUUUGUUUACUUUAGACUUUAUUUUUCAUCUUCUUGGUAUUUUUACUUUUGUUUCACUCGGGAAAAAAAUAAACACUCAUCAGGAAUGACUCCAGUCGGAGUUUUGCCAAACUAAUUGAGUAACAAGGGAUGAUUAUUUAUUCUUGGUCAUUUCGUUUAAUUAAUUGAUGAUUAUUAAUUGUUGUUGCUAUAAUCGAUCAUUUACAUUAUUUACACCAAGUUUUCAUGAGAACCUGGACAUUGUUUCCUCUUUUUUUUUAGUUUCCUGCAGUGGAAGAUGACCAUUUGGAGUCAUUUUUUCCUAUGGAAUAUACUCCCGAGGUGCUGAAAGAAACCUUGGGAGAAUCUUGGAGUGAAAGCGAUUGAUGCUGGGCUAAACUUUUCAGCUGCUCUCAAAUUGUUACUUUUUUGAAGAAAAAAAAUCUAUUUCCUAUGGAUGCAUGGGGACUGGCCAAUUAAAAGACAAAGGAUUACAGUUGUGGCUGGACAGAGCAGUCCGGCAUUUUGCCACAUUAUGAAAUGAUCCAAUGUGAAGAUUUAUUAUUCUUAUUACUAUAAAUAUAUAUAUGAAAAGAGAAAUCAUUUUUAUUUGUGGAUAUUACAGGGAAUAAUUGGUUUGGUUAACAAAGUCCUUAGUCAUGUUUGCACAUAUUUUGUUUUAAUUAGGAAAUGGAGUCUGUUAAUCUUUGUGUCCCAUUCUUGAUGGUGCAAUAUGGAAAAAAAGAUAUGAGAAUAUGGAAACUAUUGAUCUAUACUGUACUGUAACCAUGAGAAUAAUGAUGUUGUUAGUAUACUUAAGGGGCUGGACACAGUCCAGCUCGUAUAUUCAGGUGUAGUUUACCACAGUGUGUUUGCCAGGAUGGUAAAUGACGUUAGCUAGAACAGGGAGGGUUUAGAAAACUGAUGGUUUGCACUUCACAACAGCCCAACUCCAAAUAGAUCCCCUACUCAGUGCACUAGGUAGACUAUCUCACUCUGCUCACUAGAUCUAUGGCUGCUGUGCUGCAGGGAUGCUCCUCAACAGUGAAGGUUUGAAAAAAGAAAAUGUGAGACAAUCCAGCAGAGUUCCCCCAAAAACCAAACCUCAAAUGUCUAUGGGACGUAUGUAGAAGAAAAAAAGAGUAGUGUACAUGAAUAUAAGUGAGAUGUUUUUGUUCCCUGGACCAUUCCUCUUCUGUUUCUUUGGGUUUAGCUUAAACAAGAGUUUGAUUCUAAACGCUGUGAGGUCAUUCUGUCAGUUUCUACGAUUAGUUUUCAUGCUUAACUGUCUUCAUUCUGGUUAUACAAUUUUAACAAUAAAAAUGUCACUUUUUUAUUUUUAACAUGACUGUUCACAAUGAUGGCACUGGAAUAAAGAGAAACUAACACAAUGGUUCAAAGUUGAUUAAUAAAAUGGCUGUUCCCCUAA